AUGUCUAAGCAAUUCGUGCUGAGCAGCAAAGCAGCCAUCUAUAGAACCACCUACGAGUUGCCCGCUGACAACGAUGAGCGUUUGCUGCAACGCGCCGCCAUCAAGGCCGCUGAGCUGCAUGUCUGUGGUUACAUCACGCAUACGCACAGUGGACGCAAGGUGGGUGGCGAACUCGAGGGCAGCGCGACGAGUCUGGAGCAAAUGAUGUCCUGGCUGCGUGACGAAAUAAUGCCAAAGGAGGCGCGCGAGCAGCCACGAUUUGCCGAGUGCCUGCCGCAGGAAAAGUCCAAAUAUCAGAAUUUCUUCUACGUGUGAGUGUCGUCGUGAUGAGGAAAGCGGAGAGAGAAUA